AUGUGUUAUCCACUAGCACUUGCCAUCCCUCAAGUAUGUCCACCGCUAAAUUCAAGUGCAUCAAUACUGUCGGCUUCUACAACAACAAUACGGGCAACGACAACAACACCGGCAGCAACAACACGGCCAUCAACAGCAAUGGCCAACACAACAACGAAUGCUACUAAAGCCACGGCAACAACAACCACUCCAAUACCACCAUGCACACCUACCAAUGUGGGUUCUUCCAGUUCAUUAAAAAGAGUUGUUAGUCAUAUAAUUAGUUAUACGGUGUAUAUUUCAAAAAUAUCUAAAGCUUUUAGAAAGAAUCGUUUUUGUGCAAGAUUGCUUUAA